AUGGGCAAAAACAAGAAGUCAAAGCAAAGUGGUCAAAACUAAGCAAAGAAGUAGAAGAAAGAGGAGGAGAAAAAGCACUCACACGAUGCAUCUUGCGGAGAUGAUCAUGAUCAUGACCACAACCAUGAGCAAGAAGAAGAAGUAAAUGAGGGCCCUUAACUCACACCACAGGAAAAAGCUCAAUAAUACAAAGAUAUGUAGCUUUAGAUCUACAACAACUUCUUGAAAGAUUUUUAGGAUGACGAAAAGACUCUCUUGAUAGAACCAGCACAUCAUUUUGCAGAAAAACUAAGGGAUAAUGAGAAAAGAGAGAAGGAGGAAUUCAAAAAGGUUGAGAAAAUACUUAAAAAAGAUGCGGGAGAAAUUGAAGAGCUUUACUAAAAUGUUUCUGCACAGUCAAGUAAUGUUAACCAACUAAAAGCAUUUAGAGACAGAAUAGCCAAAACUAUUACGGAGAUUACUAAAUAGCAAAAAUCUAAUGCUAAGUAGCAAUAGAUAUGCAGCAACUAAGAUUAACUAGUCAAUAAAAUGAAAAGUGAAAUACAGUCAAGUAUGAAUAAAAAGAAUAUGCUCGCAAAUCUGUGUAAUGGUUUACUAGAUAAGAAUUAUGAUCUAUAUAUGAAGCAUGAAUAAAUGCUUGAAGAUGAGAAGAAGCAAAGACAGGGUCUAGCUUCUUAAUUCCAAGAGUAGAUGUCAGAAGUGACUAAAGAGUUAGAGCAAUAAAAACAAGCUAGAGGUCAAGAACUGAAGGAAAAUCAGGAGAUAAGAUCAAAGAUAUAGAAAGCAAUCACUGAUUAUAAAGUAAAGGAGGAGGAUUAUAGAUCAAAGAUGGAAAGCCAUGGUAAAAUUAUAUAGGAGAUAGAGAAGAAACUAAAGCAUACUAUUGACGGAAGCAUUAAUAAAACUGUCAAAGAAGCUGAAUAAGAGAAGACAAAAUUCUAAAAGUCCUGCAAUAACGUGGCAGAGUUAUCAAAUAAGAUCAAUGACUUUAUGCAGAAGUUUGAUAAGAUCAAGGAUGAGAUGAGUGAAAACGGAAAGAAGUUUGAACAUUAUCAGAUGAGCGUUGAGACUAAAAAGCUUGAGAUGUAAGCUGUUGAGACUGAAAUUCAAAACAUAUUGCUUUCCGAGUAAAAGAUCCAUAAAUUUAUGAAGGAAGGUGAAGAAGAGAAAAAGAGGUUAUCUGCGCAGAUUGACGCUCUUAGAAAUCUUAAGGAUGCCUUGCUGGUAUAAUUGAAUAACCUAGAGGAUCAACAGAGUGAGAAGGAAAAUUCUGCAAAUAUCACAAAUUCUACUGCAACUGAGUGA